UAAUCAACUUCAAUAGCAGCGACAACAACAACAGCUACAACACGGGAUUAAAAAUCCAGCUACAACCACUGAGAAAACAAACAAACAACAACAACAAGAACCACAACAAAUGUGGUGGGUGCAUUGUGAUUAACAAGUCACAUACCACACCAGCACACACGCACAUACACACACAGAGAGAGAUCACACACAGGAGCGCCAAGAGUUUUUUUUCAGUAUGAUUCAACUGCAGACAAGACAAACGGCCAAAUGAUUCAUCUGUCGCGCAAAGAAAGUGAAGAUCAUUAAGAACUGGACAAGAACAAGAGACGAAAUUAAAGCGACCAAUUAAAGUGGAGCCUUAAUCAGCUGCAGUCGACGUAGUCCAAGUGGAUUUUACAGAACCGAAAUAACGACGGCAUGGCACACUUUUGCUGGUAUCAUAAAUUGGUCUUUUUGCUGCUGAUGUUGUGCUGCGGCUAUGCGCGACCAGCACCAGCCCCAGCCCCAGCCCCUGUACCGGUCCCUGCCCCCGCCCCUGUUGCUUCACCCAUAUCAGCGGGCAGGCAGAGUGAGCUCAUUGCGGGCAAUGAGUUUCUCAAGUUGUUCCUCGAUCACGACGAACAGCAGCGCAGCCUGCACAGCGAUGAGGAGCUCGAGGGAGCAGCUGCCGGCCGCCUGAACAGUGCCAGAAGCUUGGAGCACAAGACGCGCUACCGCAAUGCCAAUGCGCAGCACCAAGCGGACGCGGAGGGCAAGCAGGUCGUCAAGCUGGUGACCACAGGCAGCAAGAUUGUCUUUCUGGAGGAUGCACCCGGCUCGUCGUCGACCACAAAGCCAAAGUCCAGCGACGAGGUCAAGGUGGUCGCUGUCAGUGUUAGCUCCUCCAGUAAACGUGGCAGCCGCAUCAGCCGCACCCAGCCGCCCGCCUUCAAGCCCGCCGCGACGCACUCGCACCGAAGCAGUGCGCCAAGUGCAGCUGGCGUUGAUUUUGUCAAUCGCUCGCACAAGAGCGAGCUGUCCAUCGAGGAGACUGAGCCACGCCUCGCUGCCGAUGUCAUGGAUGCGGAAAGCGACUCGGUGAACAGUGCCUCCAAUAUACAAAACGUUUUGGCGGCGCCAUUGCUGGCGGCAGCCGCCWCCAGCCGCUCCAGUUCGGUGGCGUUUCGUGGCAGCUCUGUCCCCGGGCGAAAUGCCACGCGCAUAAAUCAGAGAGCGAACGAUCCGGAGUCGGCGUCAGAGGCGAAUACUCAUGAGUCGGUGGGUGAUGACAAAUUGCUGCCGUUCCAGACGGUGAUCUAUCACGACACAAAGCAGGGUCACGGACCCCAGUCAAGAUCAAUAUCAUACAGCUCCAUAUCGCAGAACGUGGACGAUCUGCAUGUGCCGGGCAGCUGGCACCAGUCGGCUGGCAUCUUGGCCGAGGCACAGCGCAACGUGAGCGACAGUCUUAAGCCCAUGCCACGUCUCGCCUCCGAGCCAUCCAAAUUCUAUUCUGUGCCAUCGAAAAUGUACAGUGUUCCAUCCAAGUUCUACUCGGAGCCAGCCAAGGUCUACUCAGAGCCAGCCAAGAUGUAUGGCCAGCCAGAAAAAGUAUAUUCGGAGCCGGCCAAAGUGUAUGGCCAACCGUCCAAGUUUUACUCAGAGCCAGCGAAAGUUUACUCGCAGCCAGCUAAGGUUUAUGGAGAGCCCGCCAAGACCUACUGGCCGCAAACUGUAACAACUGGGACGGGUACCGGCGUCGACGUCGGUGUCGGAGUUGGUCUCAGCACGACUAGCUCGCCCACCACAACAAGAUCGUCAACAUCAACAACGGGAGCAACGACAACAACAGCAGCGCCAGGGCCAGCAACUGUGCCACCGGGCGCUCUGGCUCCCACCACCUUUGUGCCCUCGCGUCGGCCAGCAAUUGUCUCGCGGAUUGCAUUCGGCGAGGCGCAAACAACGACAACAACAACAACAAGCAGAUCCAUGGAAUCCAAGACUGCAACGAGCAGCACGCUGCCCACCACUAGGCCAAGCACUUGGCAGCACCAUUAUCACAAUGGUCACAAUCAGCAUCUGCACCACAACCACCACCACCACCACAACCACCAGCAACAGCAGCAGACUGCAACGAGUGCGGGCAAUUCGCAGCCGCGUCGUGUACUCUUCAAUUUGGAUAAAUUACCUUAUGAUUUAUUGAAUGCACCGCAGCCGCAGCCAGCGCGCCAUCUAUUGGAGCCAAUUUUAUCAAAGAGUUCAAUUCCAAGCGACUACCAGCAACAGCAGCAACAGCAGCAACAUCAUCGUCCAUGUUGGGAGCAACAGCAACGUCAGCAUCCAUCACUGUCGCUUCAACAUUCUAAUCAAAAUGCCAAAGGAUUGCCCAAUAGAGAUCUAGUCAAGUGUGUUUCCAAAUUUGCACACCAGCACGCAUCGCCCGCAGCAGCGUCCGGCAUUAGCGCCUAUUCAUAUAGUUCCAGCUCUAGCAGCUCAUCAUCCUCGUCCUCCGCGUCCGCAGCGCCAACUGACGAUGAGACCAUGUUGCCACACUUUACAACCGAACGCGCCGAGCUCUACACACCGACCCCAGAGCAAAAUUACGAAAUUGAAGAGUCCGUUAGUGUUAUGACAAACGGACGAGCCCACGGACUGCAGGGUGGCAGCAGCAGCAGCGGCAGUGGAGGUGGCAGCGGCAGCGGCGCACUGGUCACAGCCACAACACCAGCCAGUCCAGCGAGCACAACACCAGCAACAUCCAUUGCUGCCGCCACAACACCAACAACAACGCAACACGGCCGCAAUCGUGGCCGAGACAGGGGACGUGGUUCGGUGGUGUACACCGCCAACGCAAAUGCCAACGACUAUGAUGGCGGCGGGGAUGAAGAUGCUGAGGGCAGGGGCAACGCAGAUGAGUCGGAUGAAGAUAAAGUCGCCUAUGUGGUGGAGGGACGCAACUAUCGCAAAUAUCGCGUCGAAGAGAAAACCGACGACGGCUUCAUCGUUGGCGAAUAUGGCGUCGUGGACCACAACGAUGGCAACCUGAGCGGCGUGCGUUAUACCGCCGACUCGACCAUUGAUCGUCGUUUGAUACAAAAGGCGUUGUUGACAUUUCUGAAGCUCAAGUAGUUGCAGUUGCAGUCACAGUCACAGCUGUACUCUGGCCGAGCUGACCGAGCUGACCCAACUGCCCCAGCUGCCUCAGCUGCCCCAGCUGCUGCCUCAGCUGCUUCAGCUGCCACAGCUGCAGCGGCAAUUCAUUUCAUACACAUGUGAUCCAAGUCGUAUUGUAGUUAGCGUAGCUUAAAUUAAUAUUAACUAGCCUUCAUUCAUACAAUCACAAUGACACCAGCUGAAAGUCGCAAUCGAACAAUCAACUGAUUUUUGUCGGUUCAGUUGUUUGGAGUGAAAGGAAUAUGCCACUUGAUUCGCAAGCAUUCAGAUAAUUUAAUAUCUAGUUACUAGUUGAACAUUAAGAAGU